AAAAACCACGCCCAUGAUAUUUACAAGGAAAUUAAAGGAGAACAGGAGUUUGAAAGAAAGCUAAAAGAAGCAAAUACGGUAGGAGCUUUAACUUUUAAACUUAUCAAGAUUUUGCAAAAAUGUCCAGUGUAUCAUAAAGUGGAGAAAGAGGCAGGGAACAGCUGCGUAGCCCAUUAAUUACAUAUGUAAGUUAUCAUCGAUAUGGGCUAUUCGAUCUCCAGAAGCAAACUUUUGUUUUGCAACCUUAGUUAAUUAGUCUGUAAUAGUCCAUUUUCGAGUUCGCUAUAACCGCUGAAAAGAAGUGAAGACGCAUUUUUUACAGUAGCCUCUCUCUGAAUUAAUAUAUUCAUUCACAAAUUCCAACGAGAAAAAGACCUGUUUAUUACUCUGUCUAUUGUGUAUAUUCAAAUUUCAAACACUUACUUGCCAAAAUUUCUGAAUUUUUUACUUUACGUCGAGGCUAACCGUGUAUAAAUGUGUCCUUAAUGUUUAUAUUCAGCGGUAAUUUUUAAUUCGAAACUGGACUAUUCUAGAGAAUAUGAAAAAUAUGUUUGCCGACUGCAAAUAUCAAUCUGUAGUGCAGUAAUACUUAGCUGGUAUAUUGCUUAGCCGCAACCUAGCCCCUGUUCGGCGUCUUACCAGACCUUUACUGUCAAUGUAUUUUUCGUGACGUAGCUUCCCGCACGGACCACGUGACCCGAAGCGCAUAGGCUGCGAGGAAUAAUGAGACCCCUUGUCAAGUCAGUUGAUUUUCAGUAAAAAAAAACUAAAAAAGCAAGGAAGCACACACUAGAAAACACCACGGGAUGGACAGUACAACAACGCAUGCGCCCAGCCAUAUCAUCUGGGCAGUGGCAGCCACCAACCUUGGGCAGCCAUGAACAACUCUUUCCCUUUCACUGGGGCUCAUCGGCUUGGCUUAUCUAUAAGGCUCCUUUAAGGGCCAGCUCCAUACAACACAUGUGGGAACUGUUGGCCGUGAACCGCUAAUUAAGAUAUUUUCAUUUAUAACUAAUGCGACAACACAAUUCUGAAUUUUAAGCUGAGCCUUUUCCUCGUUGUAGAUUCCACCAACGAGUAUCUUCGAUGGCGUUAAUCUAUACCUGGAAAAGGAAAAAGUGAAAUUUCUCUUUGGUGCGGCUGCAUUGUUCAGUAGUAAGCGGCCUACUCAUUCAGCUGGCAUCGCAGCCCAGGGCGUUGCAAGGAUCGUAUCUGAACCAGUCUUUCCUCUUUGUGAGUUCUUUACUCCAGGGCGAUCUUUCAACGUUUGGCUUCGCCACGCCACUCUCAAAUCCAUAGAUGAUGCGAUGCUGGAUUUCAUGGGCGCCUCACUAAGAUUUGCUGAUAGUUAUAAGGAAGACAGUCCCUUGGAUAUUAUCAUGUCCACAGGGAGGACAGCCGUCUUGACCAAUGUAGCGUCGAUUUAUGACGCACUUAAAGCUAAUCGAAGCGGUAACUUGAAAGAGUUCUACAUGGGUAGUCCUGAUCGGUAAGGCGAUAAGCUUAUUUUUUAUUAAAAAAGAGACAACUUAAGACUUCAGGAAACGUUUAAUAAGAUUUUUGGUCUCAGGCUUAACUUGUAUACUUGUUCACUACAACUGCCAUAGAACCAGCAGACAUAGUGGGCUAACUGGACACUUAGGCUAAUCUAUAUAACUUACAUCGAAUCUAAAUACGUAACUACAGUAAGGGAGCCUGUUGGCAACUCCUUUGUGGGAUACCAAGACCAGUGAUAAGGUAACCCUCCCCUCUCUCCUCUCAUCUUCUCAGAUUUCCCUAUCUAAGCUAGUACCAAUGUGUACGUUCCUCUUGCUGGGCUGUAAUGCAUUUUGAAUGGGUGAAAUUAGAGUUAAAUUUCCAGAUGAAAAUAUUUAAAUGACUUCAUUGGCUUGUGGCUACAACCCAGGGAGCCGGGAUCAAUAAUUUCAGUUAUAGGGAAACGUUGGCCUUUGGGUGCGGAGCAUUUUACAACCUUACCAGUGAGCGUUAGACAGGGAAUGCGGAAUUUACAUUGACUGGUGCCAUUGUUGAAUGUCCCUGACACACAAAAAUCUUUGAAAAGGAUCGGGAUAGCUCUAAACUGGGCGAUUUUUACCCGUGAUCUGGAGUAAGGCGCUAAAGGCGUCCAUCCCCGAAGAUAUUCGUGUAAGGAAAAAUACUGUACUUCACAGCUUCCUUCUUUUGUUUUUUCAAUAACAGACUAGCUAGUAACUUAGACGGUCUGCGCCGUGCACCAAAUUCGUUUUACGACCAGCGGUAUUACACGGGAUUAAUCUUGGGCUUCAAAGCGUUUGAUGGUAGUGAGCGUUAUGCCAGAUUUCGACUGAUUCCAGCGGACGGGUCUGUAGAAACCGGUUUGCUGUCAGAACAUGAUCAAAGAAAUCUUUGGUAAGUUUAUAUAUCCGCCACAGACAUCCUCUUUCUCUUUUGACCACACGUAUGAAGUCACACUCUUAAAAAUGCUUUCUUUCACACGGGCCCUGAUCGUCUACAAACAUAGUUCAUGGUUUGUAUUUUCUUGUGAGCGGUUAAUUCUCACCUUUAAGUGUAAAGGCAGACCACGGGCGGACGAUUACUGUCAAACUCAGAAAACCGUGAACAGCUGAUAAAUUUUGGGAAUGUUUAUUGUGUAGUGGCCAAUCCCAAUAAAGUUCUAGCCUGGGAUCAAGCAAAAAACAUAAUAAUAAUAACGCCUGAUCUCAGGUUAAUAAAGUUCAGGACACGCCAGCAAACCACAAAACCGUCAUAAACUAAUUACCGUUGCUGUUUGCCGUAUCGGCUUUCUCCUCCCAGCAAAAUAACUUUCCAUAAAUAUUUCUGCUGCUCACGGUUUUGUGAGUUUCACAGUAAAUCCAUCCAUUCAAUUAAUUCAUUUGAUUGAUACAGGUAGAAUUAGGAAACAUAUUUAACAAUUUUUAACAAUUUAUACAAGCAAACCUUUUCGGAUAAAUGUUUCCACAAUUAAGAUGCAAAAUUGUUUCGUUAGUCCUUGAGACCCAUCGGGAGAAGGUCGAUUCGAACUUUCUUAAAAUGUUCUUAUGACUUUCUUUGUUGAAGGGAGUACAAGAGACUCCCAUCGGAGAAUAGAGCAAAAGAUUAUCUGAAGAAAGAGUUCAAAGAGAGAGUUUCUCGCGGACCAAUCAAGUACAAGCUUCAAUUGGCGCUCCAUGAGGCUCAAUCAUCCGACCCACCAGACAUCCUGAAUAUCGGGAGAUACUGGAACGAGGCUACCCAUCCCUGGUUAGACGUUGCUGACGUCACACUGACUGCUCUCCUUCCCCCGAAUGUCUCCGAGAGGUUCAUGUUUAACGUCGGUAACCUACCCGACUCACUUUACUUGCUACCAGCUCACAGUAUUCACCAUUCUAACUGCAUAGCUCACAUAAGAAAUGAGGUGUACGCAAGGACCCAGAGAAUUCGAUUGGCAAGGAGUUCAAAGGUUGAGCCAGAUCACGUGGCCACAUACAUUAUUAGCGUGGAGACUGGUUCCCAGUUAAGAGCAGGAACUAAUGCAAAUAUUUCUAUAUCGCUUACAGGUAUGUAAUUCAUUUAAUCUCAAUUUAUCUUAAAAGUAAUUCAUGUUUACCCUGUACAUCGCCUUUUUACGACAUCUAGUGGCCAUCGUUUUGGAUGACAUCAUGGAAAAGAAACGCGAUCACCCAUCAUAUAAUAUAUAAAUAUAUAUAUACACAUCAUAUUCUGUAUCUCAUCACACAAAAGUUUAAACUACACGAUGAGGUUAAAUAGUGUUAAGUUCACAUCCAGUGUCCUCACCUUAUAGCAGGGUGAAGGUGUGAUUUAUAUUACACAAGGGUACUUGCCUUAUAAAGCACUGUUUGGUAAGUAGGAUGCAAAAUGAUCUAAAAUUUAAAAGUAGUAUGUUAGAGUACAUGGCAUUAUGUAGUCUGAAUACUAUGCAGUAUUAUUAUUGAAAAUAAAGAACCGCUGUAUAGGAGAAUGUUACUUUUUCGUAGGUGUACGGUAAGCCUACCUUGCGUUUUCAGUUUUUGUUUUCAAAGAAUUUUCACCAGACUCCAGCAACUCCGUGUUGUACGCUUGCUGUUGCUACAUAUAUAUGACAUUUGUUUUGCGAAUGUUAACUUUUCCCAACAAACACAUUUCAAAUUUCUGAAAUUGCACAACGUUUUAGGAACCAGAGGAAAAACAGAGAGGCUUUGUUUAAAAUCUUGGAGCAAUGACUUUGAAGCUGGGCACACAGAUGAGUACGCCGUGGAAGCCAUGGAUGUUGGAGAGGUUCUGAUGAUCCAUCUUUACAACGAUGGUUCACAUUCGUGGUACAAGAAUCCUGACUGGUUCGUUAACAAGAUCACUGUGACGAGCUCAAAGCAACCGAUAGCCUUUGAAUUUCCUUGUUAUCGCUGGGUGGUAUCCGAUAUGACUGUUAUUCAAGGAAAAGGUCAGUACUAUCCAAAAAAUGAUCCUACACCCUUUAAAGGGUCAUGUAUAUCCUUAGUUUAGAAACUACAUGUAAAAAUACCGUAAGAGAAUUAGCGCCGGGGGAACUUACUUAAUGAGUCGAGAGGAUGGCGCUUUUAUCGUUCUCGAAUUUCAGCCUCAAUAUGAUCUUUGCUUCAUUACAAUUUAACUGCGAAAUAAAACGCGACUAAACAGGAAAACCGUAAGAUAUCCUUCUGAUAAGUAGAAAUAAACGUUUGUGUACGUGGUACAUACAGCUUUGAUUGGCUUUCAGCGUCCUGUUGUUAUCUAUCCUCAAGCACUGACUGUCAUCAUAGAAGCCACUUUAACUUGAAUCAUUCUCCGGUGAUUGCAGUACAUUAAGGGUGUGUUCCUUUCAGCGAAUCCAAAAACGGAUUUUUGAUCCUAGAUUUGCCAGAUUUCGCGGUCGGAAGGAACGUGAAAUCCGAAAGUGGAUUUGUAACCUUGGUAACCUUUCGCCAAAGCGCGCAAUAUGCACGACAGCCUUUAAAAAAUGACGUUUUUUUUACUCUUUGACAAAUUAUGCGAUUAUACCGCGCAGAAUUUAGUGGUCGGCAGUUCGAAUAGCGACAAUGGAACAUAUAAAACAUACGAAGAAAGAAGCGCAUUAAAUUGGAAAAUUAUCUAAAGAAUGUCGGCCAGUUUGAUCCAGUUCCAUAGCUCGGAUUUUUUUAUGUAACACGAUGGAGUGCCUGUCGCGUCUACAGGCGAGUUUGUAGUUAGAUAGCAGUCCAUUUGUUGCUUUUACUUAUUUCAGAUUUCAAGCAUGCCAUCUUUAGAGACAAAUGGUUAGUAUAUGGAUAUUUUAAUGUACCAGGAACAAUCUUCUAGUGUUUUCAGAUGUUUUGCGGCAAAUGACAGCAACGAGGAACCUCUACGGCCUCUAUGGGAAUACUUCAACUGGAAAUACCGCUGGAUCAUCUGACUAAUUUCGGAUCCACUGUGAAUGGAACAGCGUAGAUUACUAAUCCGUUAAUCUGGAUUUGGAUUCUUCGGAUUUCAAAUCCAAUGAAUCCUUUUUCAAAAAGGAUUCACCAGAUCAAAAAUCCGGAUUUGGAUUUGCCGAAAGGAACGCGAAAUGCGUUCUUAGAUCUAAAAUCCGUUUUUGGAUUCACCGAAAGGAACACACCCUAAGUUCUAGUUACUCCUGUAUUGGGGCAGAAAUCUCAUUAACUUGCGAAGAAUAGAUUAAAACCGACGACGUCAUAACUUUUUUGCUCGAGCCCAGGUCUCGGCAAGCGAUUCCCGCUAUACUUCUCUACAAAGAGGUGAUGGCGGUGGCGCAAAUUCCAUUUUUAGAAGCGCAACACUAUUUAGAACGAAUCACCGCAGUAAACGUAUUCAGCAUUUCCUUGAUUAAUGAAAGAGUCACGUAUUGAAAGCACAUGUCUCAUUGUAAGAGUAGGAAUAGUUUAUAAAUUCUUUUCUAGUUUCUCUUAUUGUCGUUCCCAGCUCUUCUUCCAUUUCAAGACCAACCAGAAGCCAUAAGGUGCCAGCGAGUUCUUGAGGUACAGCAACGAAAAGAGCAGUAUCUUUGGGGACAACUUCCUCCUGGUAUAAAUGAUUUGCCAGGUUUUAUUCACGCCCCUAAACAUGCUGAUCUACCUCGAGAUGCACAGUUCUCGGACGAAGAAUCCCGUUCAUUUAAGCAUGGCAGUAUUCGCGGGCUUGUGAAUCUUGGUCUUUCCUAUCUUCUCACCCUUUUCGAGAGCUGGGACAGCCUCGAUUGCUUUAAGAAUAUCUUCACCGGCUGGACAGGCGAUGUACCUCGCAUUUCUCACAAUGAUCUGUGGAUGGAGGACAAAAUUUUUGGCCAGCAGUUCCUCAGUGGCUGCAACCCAUGCGUUAUUGAACGGUGCAAGGAAUUGCCAAACCACUUCCCGGUCACAGAUGAAAUGGUAAAAAACUUCCUCGACCGAGGAAUGACAUUGAGUGAAGAAAUAAAGGUAUGGAAUAGUUUGCGAGGGCCAGCUCUCUAAUUUUACUAAAUUACCACCCAGCCGUGUUAAAAAAAAAUCUCACAACAACACAACUAUCUUCAGUUGACUUGAAAAGGUGGCUAUCCUUUCACUGUCUUGAAAAAGAAUGUGUUUGAUCCUUCCCCUUUAAUUAACGGUGAAAGUAGACUAGACAUCCUCGGACACGCAGGGCGAAAGGUUUCGUUCAUGCUGUAGACUUUCUCCCAUGAAAAUGCCAUGAUGCCUACAAGGUGCCUCUGAGUCCCCAAGGAUGGUCGAUUUGUAGGUUCCAUUGUCACGGAUCCCUGACUGGUCAGUGACCAACUAACAAAAAAUAGCAUCCAGGCUGUAUCUGUAAUAUAUUGUGUCAUUAUAGACACCUAACCCUGUACCAUGAUAACUCGAUCGCUCUCUCUCUCUCUCUCUCUCUCUCUCUCUCUCUCUCUCUGCUUUUACUCAGGCAGGUCAUGUUUACAUUGUUGACUACAAGGAACUCGAGGGAAUCAAACGCAGCGGUGAGGACAGCAACUCUAAUUCAUAUUACACUGCAGAACCACUUUGUCUUUUUUACGUGAAAAGCUCAGGGGACCUGGUACCUAUUGCUAUUCAACUUUUCCAAGAACCUUCCGACACUAACCCAAUAUGGACCCCUGACGAUACACAUUGUGAUUGGAUGCUGGCAAAAAUGUGGUUUCGCAACGCUGACCAUCAAGUACAUCAGGUCAGUAAUAGAAAAGACAGGAUAUAUGAGUAACAUGCCAGUCAUAUUUAAGCAAACAUUUGCUUUUUAUUAUAUGGUUAGAGUCACCUACCAACUUCAUUCGGCGUUCGCCAUCAACUGCAGUGUUACGAGACAGUUCACUUUUUCUUCACUUAACUCUGAAUCUGGAGACAUAGCCAGUAUAUUAUGUACUCUUUUUCGAAAAUUAUCAUUGAAUGUUUGGUUUAUUAUAUUAAAAUGUGUUAUUAAGAGAGUUUGGCUAUUUCACUUGUAUCACGAGCCGAUUAUCCGCUCCUGCUUGAAUAUAUUGUGACCAAAUAGUUUCCCGAACGAAGAAAAAAAAAAACAAGGCAAAGAGGCAUCAGUUAAACACCGGUCCGCCACCACAGGUAUAAUUUUGCUAGCAUUGCUAUUUACUGUUAUACAUUGAAUCGAGAGAUCAUUAAGACUUCCAAAUCAUUCCUUAUGCAGACGCUUCUUUGUCCCCAUAAAUAAUAGAGCAUACUGAUAGGUUGUAAGUUUUGUAUAUUUUCCUUUUUUUUUUUUUUGACAGAUGGGAACUCAUUUAACGAAAACCCAUUUGCUGAUGGAGGCGUUUGCUGUUGCGUCUUGGCGCCAGUUGCCCUCGAUCCACCCAAUAUUCCAGCUUUUGUUUCCUCACCUUCGUUCAGUUAUGGCAAUCAACACCAUCGGAAGAAAUGAACUGGUUGCAGAAGGAGGCAUUGUUGACAAAACUCUCAGCCUUGGGGGUGGAGGUCAUAUUCAGCUCCUAGAAAAGACUUACAGGAAUUUUAAGUUUGAGAUGCUUUCUUUACCUGACAUGUUAAAGAAAAGAGGUGUGGACGAUGCUGAAAAGUUGCCUAACUAUUUCUACAGGUUAGCUUCAGGUUGAUUUAAAAUGUGAUUAUGCGAUUAUUUUUAUGGAUGUGUAACUAUUUGUAACGUUUGUCACGAAGAGGAAGUUAAAAAAUCAAAGGCCGUUUCACUAAAGACCUCAGGGCUAUUUUGGUGUCAUUUUGGGAAGAGUUUACGGGCAACAACAACAACAACAACAGUCUGCAAAGCUUUUGUUGCCAGAGAGAUAUUCACCUUGUAAAGUUUCGUUUAUAUGUUGUACAAAUUAAAACAAAGUACGCUCAAUGCAUGCUUCAAGUUCAAUCUCUAAUGAAUACUUAUGAAAAUCACCUCUUGUCGUUGAUGUCCACAGCUACCAACGUUGUUUUAGUAGACAAUCGUAUUGCAAUGAUUAAAGGAAAUUUUCGAGUAAAUUUUCAACAUUUGCUAAGAUAAGGGAUAGAUACAUUAAUUUCGAGCUGCAUACAAAUACCCAAGCAAACAGCUGUGGGCAAUACCCAAUAAAACGCCUUUUAGUGUUUUUGCCUUUUUCACGUCUGUGCUAAUUUGAUUCUCCUGGCUGUACCUUAUCAAUUCCUUAGGGAUGACGGACUUCUUAUGUGGAAAGCCAUCUCUGAUUUCAUAGAGGAAUUUGUCACCAUUUUCUAUCAGUCAGAUGAAGAUGUUUCUAGGGAUAACGAGCUGCGGGCCUGGUUGGUUGACAUCCACGAAAAUGGUUUCCCUGUGAGAGAAGGUGACGUUGAUCACGAGUUUCCCAUGAGCCUGCAGACACGUGAUCAGCUUGUUCACUUGCUGACCUGUAUAGUAUUCGGGUGCUCAUGUCAACAUGCAGCUGUGAACUUUCCUCAACUGGAAAUCACAGCGUUUGUUCCAAAUGUGCCGCCUGUGAUGCGCCUUCCACCACCCACGAGAAAAAACCAGGCUACCAUGAAGACCAUUAUGGAUACACUGCCUAAUAAGUGCCAGUCAGGUUGGCAUAUUGCAACCGUAUAUACUCUGACGAGAAUAGCGGAAAACGAGGUAAAAUAACAUUGAAAGUGUAGUAGUAUAUAGGGACCAAAUAAGCUGUUGUCGGGAAAGGGACCUUAUAAAAGAAGGCUAAAGGACGAAUAUCUACAUCUCAUCAUCAUAGCUGAUUGAUAUCAUAUUUUAUUUUUGUAUCGUGGUUAGUAUAAUCGGUAUAACUGGUUCGAUAGGUUUUGCGAUAUUUUAAGGGCCUGUUUACAUGGAGUGGGGGACCCCGGUCUAGUGGGGUUAGUUUCUUUUGUUUUCACGCUCUGGGGAACACAAGACAAAAGAAACCUACCCCACUAGACCGGGGUCCCCCACUCCAUGUAAACAGGCCCUAAGAUGGAUGGCAUAUAACAUCAUUCGCACAUUUCCCAUUAUGGACCUUAUUUGCUCCCCAAAAUUUUUCAUAACCUUUGUUUUUGAUUUCCCCUGGGUAUUACAGCCAUCCCAAGAGAAAUUGAAAACAAUGCUUAUGCAAAAUUGAAGGGAGGGGCGGGGGGCAAAUAAGGUGCAUUAUGGAAGAUGUGCAAGUGGCGUAUUAUAGAGAUUAUGAUUGGCUAAAUAAAUUUUAAAAGUGCUCAUUUGUUGAUGUAUUUUGAAAAGUUGACAUCAACGAAGCUGUACCGUGGACAAUAAAUGCAACUGGAAGAAAACAAUAAAUGCAACUGGAAGAAAACACGUUAAAUUAUGCUGCGGUUCAGUGCUUCCCAAUGCAUUCUUGAUAAUUGUAGUUUCUUUCUCUUUGCCGGCAGCGUUUCAUUGGAGAUUAUUCCCAAAGCCCUUUAUCAGGAAAAGAAGUGGAAGGUGCUAUCGCUCGUUUCCAGUCUUCUCUCCAGAGGAUUUCUGACGCAAUCAAGGAACGCAAUGCAUUAGUGGAAUUUCCUUACACUUACUUGUUACCGGAGAGAGUUCCCAACAGUAUCGCGAUUUGA